UGGCAACGACUCUGUAUUCAAUAUGGAGUACAGAAAAUAGCCUGGACCACUGUGCAUUUCACUGCCCUUAUUCAGAUUUCGAUCAGUUUUGUCGCCCGGACACAAAUAAUGAAGUCUCCCCUGUAAAUGCCAGCCCUCAGGACUCGCUCACGUAUGUUUGACAUAUUUCCAAAUAUUGCCUGAGUGUCAACUAUUUAACCACAACCGCGCCGACGAGCAGUGAACUAUAAAACUGUCAUAACUCUGAAAAACUACUGGUUUCCUUAAAAAACGGUGCGUCGUGUAUCCUCUCAACGCCCUCAACAUCCGGAGAAGGAUUUGAAUACUCGUCAGUUUCCGCGAAAGUAACGAGGUAACAAGCUGUGUGGACCGGGGAAGGGUUAUCGGGUGAAAGGUGACAUCGCUUCAGUCUAUUGACUCGUAGGAAUGCACAAUGCAGCAAGUGUCUCAGCCUCUCUGGGAUCCAUGGGACUGCUGCGUCUCUUCGGGGUGUCCUGGUCCUGGAGUCUGGCAGCAGGCCUUGGGGUGUAUCUGGGCACAAGAACCUGGAAAUACUUCUACAUCGCAGCACGCACUGCCAAGAGAGACCUCAAUGGCCUGUAUGUGCUGUUGAGAGUGAAGAUGGCGUUAUGGCGUUAUGUGCGCAACGGAAGCAACAUUCCUUCCAUCUUUGCCCAGACAGUAAAACUCAACCCAAACAAACUAGCACUGAUCUAUGAGGCUACAGGGGAAACAUGGACUUUCACCCAGCUGGACGAACUGUCUAAUGCCGUGGCCAAUUGGGCAAGAGAUCAGGGAUGGAUCUCUGGAGAUGUGGUGGCCCUCUUCAUGGAAAGCAGGCCUUUACAGGUGGCGCUUUGGUUGGGCUUGGCUAAGGUUGGGGUGGAAGCUGCACUCAUCAAUUUCAACCUCCGCCAUGAUUCCCUCCUGCACUGUAUUGGGGUGUCAGGGUCCCGAGCUAUUGUGUUUGGAGCUGAGCUCGCUGAUGCCAUGUCAGAAGUCACCUCCUCCAACAGCCAGUCCAUGGUACGGUUUUGUACAGGAGAGCUCAGUGCAGAACGUCUGGCCUGUCUGGGUGCUCAACCUCUGGACCCAAUUUUAGCCUCUGCACCUAAACAUCCCCCUUCACCUUGUGUUCCCCCUAAAGGCAUGAACGACCGUCUAUUUUAUAUUUACACCUCUGGGACCACAGGACUGCCCAAGGCUGCCAUUGUUGUACACAGUCGUUACUACAGAAUCGCUGCUUUUGGCUAUUUUGCCUUUCGCAUGCGCUCUGAUGACAUCAUUUACGACUGUCUCCCUCUUUAUCACUCAGCGGGUAAUAUCAUGGGAGUUGGUCAGUGUCUGAUCCAUGGCCUCACCGUUGUAGUGAAGAAGAAAUUCUCUGCCAGCCGCUUCUGGGAAGACUGCAUUAAGUACAACUGCACUGUGGUGCAGUAUAUCGGGGAAAUCUGCCGCUACUUGCUGUCUCAGCCAGUGCGGCCGUCAGAAAAGGGCCACAAAGUUCGGCUGGCGGUUGGAAAUGGCUUGCGCCCCAGUGUGUGGGAGGCUUUCACAGAACGUUUUGGGGUGGCACAGAUUGGCGAGUUCUACGGAGCGACUGAGUGCAAUUGUAGCAUCGCCAACAUGGAUGGCAAGGUGGGAGCCUGCGGAUUCAACAGUCGCAUUCUCCCCAACGUGUACCCCAUCCGUCUGGUGAGGGUGGACGAGGACAGCAUGGAGCUGGUUCGGGACAGCCGGGGCCUCUGUGUGCCUUGUCGCCCUGGGGAACCAGGGCUUCUGGUGGGUCGCAUCAACCAGCAGGACCCAUUACGGCGCUUUGACGGUUACGCAAACCAGGAUGCUACAAGGAAGAAGAUAGCUCAUAAUGUCUUCAAGAAAAAUGAUUCUGCAUAUUUAUCAGGUGACGUGCUGGUGAUGGAUGACCUGGGCUACAUGUACUUUCGUGAUCGUGGCGGGGACACGUUCCGCUGGCGAGGAGAAAAUGUUUCCACCACCGAGGUGGAGGGCAUACUCAGCAGUCUUCUGGGUCAGACUGAUGUGGCUGUGUACGGUGUGGCAGUGCCAGGUGAACUUUGUAUACGCAAUGCUUUAAGCAUCACGUUGGGACUUGCUUUUAAUUGUCCUCACCUGUUUCUGUCCUACGUGACAAGCAUCUAUUACCGUGUGUCAUACUCAGGUGUGGAAGGGAAAGCGGGAAUGGCUGCCAUUGCGGACACUGCAGGGAGGUUUGACUGCAGUGGUUUCCUGCACAUGGUUCAAGGAGCUCUUCCUCCGUACGCUCGCCCUGUGUUCUUGCGAAUCUCCCCGCAUGUAGACACCACAGGUACAUUUAAAAUCCAGAAAACCAGGCUGCAGAGGGAGGGAUACGACCCACGUCUCACAACCGACCAGAUCUACUUUUUAAACACUAGAGCAGCGCGUUAUGAGGCUGUGGACGAGGAGCUAUACAACGCUAUAGCAGAAGGAAGAAUGUCUCUAUGACAUGGAGGACCUAGUAGGGCAGUUCAUGGUGCCUCAGUUAAACAGAUGCUGUAGAUAAAGAAGAUAAUGUGUCUACGUUGGUGUUGGCGUCAGUCUUGCUGCACCACCCAACUUGAUUUUAACCAUUCAGGGAACAGUUGAGAGGACUACUUAUAUAGGCAGUACUGUUACAGAUGAUGUUUUAACACUGUUUGAGUAACACACCAGAACAUAAUGUGAGGGCAUUCAUUCCCUUUAAUAACCUUGUAUUAUCAUGAAAUGAACACCUCCAAAAGCCUUUGAGCAUCACCGCACAUAGAGUGGGCAUCCCCCACAACCUAUUUGAAAUAGGAUACGUGUUACAAUAAUGUGGUUAGGACAGCAACGGUUGGUAUGAAGUCAAACUUUGUUACAGGGUAUAUAUGCCCGUUUAUGAAAUAUGCUGCAAGAUUCUGUGUAGGUUUAAGCAAUACUUGAGUGUGAAGCUGUGGAGUUACUGCUGCGUGUUAAGACCAGACAUCAAACACGCAGCACAUGUGGCAACUAGAACAAACACUAACCAUAGUCUUAUUUUAAUGCAAUGGAAGCAUCUAAUCCCACUUGUUUGAACCUCUGAACAACACUGGCACAGAUUUGCAAAUACAUAAAAGUUGUUACUGUAUGUGCCUUAUAUGAAAGUUCAGAUCUAUGUUUCAGUUUUUGUUUUAUGAUUUUUUUUUUUUUUUUUUUUUGGGAAAGUUACUCAAAAGAAUGUGGAAAUCACAGUAGUGAUUCUGUGUCAUGCAAAGCUGAGUCACACAUAGUGACUGUCAUUUUUAACAAAUUCUUAUCAGUAUAGUAAUAUAUAUAGGUGUUUAAUUUACAAUUUCAGAUUUCCCAGACAACAUCUGUUUUGUUGUAACUCAAAUUAAAUAUUUUAAAACAUG